ACUUAGGGUGCUUCGGGCGCGCCGGGGUACAGCGGGGCUGGGGGCGGCGGGUGCACAUUAGGGUGCUCUGGGGCGCUCCGGGGGGGGGGGUCUCCGGGCUGCAUUGGAGGGCUCCGUGGCAGCUCCAUGGUGGCUCCGUGGGUCCCUGUGGGUCCCCGUGGUGGCUCCGUGGGUCCCUGUGGGUCCCUGUGGUGGCUCCGUGGGUCCCCGUGGGUCCCCGUGGGUGGCUCUGUGGGUCCCUGUGGGUCCCAGCGUGGCUCCGCGGUGGCUCCGCGGUGGCUCCGUGGGUCCCCAUGGGUCCCGGUGUGGCUCCGCAGUGGCUCCGAGGGUCCCUGUGGGUCCCCGUGGUGGCUCCGUGGGUCCCCGUGGGUCCUGGCGUGGCUCCGUGGUGGCUCCGCGGUGGCUCCAUGGUUUCCCGCGGUGGCUCCGUGGGUCCCUGUGGGUCCCCGUGGUGGCUCCGCGGUGGCUCCGUGGGUCCCCAUGGGUCCCGGCGUGGCUCCGUGGGUCCCGUGGGUCCCUCGGUGGCUCCGUGGGUCCCUGUGGUGGCUCCGUAGGUCCCCGUGGGUCCCGGCGUGGCUCUGUGGGUCCCCAUGGGUCCCCAUGGUGGCUCUGUGGGUCCCCGUGGUGGCUCGUGGGUCCCUGAGGUGGCUCCGUGGGUCCCCGUGGGUCCCGGCGAGGCUCCGUGGGUCCCGGCGUGGCUCCGUGGGUCCCCGCGGUGGCUCCGUGGGUCCCCGUGGGUCUGGCGUGGCUCUGCGGUGGCUCCAUGGUUUCCCGCGGUGGCUCCGUGGGUCCCUGUGGGUCCCCGUGGUGGCUUCGCGGUGGCUCCGUGGGUCCCCGUGGGUCCCGGCGAGGCUCCGUGGGUCCCCGCGGUGGCUCCGUGGGUCCCCGUGGGUCCCGGCGAGGCUCCGUGGGUCCCGCGCCCCCGGCUGACGGCUCCCCGCGCAGACGACGCCUUCCCGUACGAGGCGGCGCUGGGCGCGCGGCUCGCGGGGCUCCGGCGCUCGCACACGUACCGCGUGUUCACGGCGCUGGCGCGCGCCGCCGCCCCCCCGCUGGCCGCCGCCCCCCCCCGCCGCCGCCCCGUCCAGGUCUGGUGCUCCAACGACUACCUGGGCAUGAGCCGGCACCCGGCCGUGCUGCGGGCCGCCAGGGCGGCGCUGGGGGCGCACGGCCUGGGCGCGGGCGGCACCCGCAACAUCGCCGGGACGUCGCCGCUGCACGGCGCGCUGGAGGCGGCGCUGGCGCGGCUGCACCGGCAGCCCCGCGCCCUGCUCUUCUCCUCCUGCUUCGCCGCCAACGACACGGCGCUGGCCACGCUCGGCCGCCUGCUCCCAGGCUGCCAGGUGUUCUCGGACGCGGGGAACCACGCGUCGCUGAUCCAGGGCGCGCGGGCCAGCGGCGUGCCCAAGCACGUGUACCGGCACAACGACGUGCCGACCCUGCACUCCAUGGACGGCUCCAUCGCGCCGCUGGAGCAGCUCUGCGACGUGGCGCACGCCCACGGGGCGCUCACCUUCGUGGACGAGGUCCACGCCGUGGGGCUCUACGGGCCCCGCGGCGCCGGCAUCGCCGAGCGUGACGGCGUCGCCCACAAGAUCGACAUCGUCUCCGGCACCCUCGGGAAGGCGGUGGGCGCCGUGGGGGGCUACAUCGCGGGGCCGGCGGUGCUGGUGGACGCCGUGCGCUCGCUGGGCCCCGGCUUCAUCUUCACGACGGCGCUGCCGCCGGCGGUGGCGGCCGGGGCGCUGGCGGCGCUGCGGGUGCUGGGGGGCGCCGAGGGGGGGGCGCUGCGCCGGGCCCACCAGCGCCACGCCAAGCACCUGCGGCUGCUGCUGCGCGACCGCGGGCUGCCAGCCCUGCCCUGCCCCAGCCACAUCGUGCCGCUGCUGGUGGGCGACGCGGCGCUCAACAGCCGGCUGAGCCGGGCGCUGCUGGAGCAGCACGGCCUCUACGUCCAGGCCAUCAACUACCCGACGGUGCCGCGCGGGCAGGAGCUGCUGCGCCUCGCGCCCACCCCCCACCACACGCCCGCCAUGAUGGAGAACCUGGCCGCGCGGCUCUCCGAGUGCUGGGGGGCUCUGGGGCUGCCCCGCGAGGCCCCCCCGGGCCCGGCCUGCGCCGCCUGCCAGCGCCCGCUGCACUUCGCCCUCAUGAGCCAGUGGGAGCAGGAGCUGUUCGCCGGGCUGGGGCCGCGCUACGUCACCGCGCGCGCCUGAGCCCCCCGGGCGCCGGGGCCCCCGGACGCCUGGGCCCCCCCGGACGCCUGGGCCCCCCGGACGCCGGGGCCCCCCCCCCACCGCCGCCCCCAGGCGCUCAAUAAAGCUCUCGGCCGCCGCCGCC